AUUUAUUUUAUUUUUCAGGGUGUAGCUAAGAUGUACUCCAUAAAGGAAGUAAUUAGCUGUAGCAUUGUACUGCUUGUCAGUGGGGAUAAAUAACAUUUUCAAUUACGUUAUGAUUUAACUUUCAAAGAAAACUGUUAGUGGCUUUUGAGCAUGUUGGCUAUAUGCAUAGCAGCUCUGAAAAACACAACCACGUGAAUAUUUAUUGUAAAAGAUUUGGGAGUUAAUAAAUCAAGAAUUUGCUCUUUUGGUGUAUUAAAUGCCAGCUAACAAAGUCAUCUGUUACUUGGUUUAAGGAAAAGGGUUCUCAUUUUCUUCCCCCUGGUAGAGUACUUGUAGGCUUGUUUCCACUUAUAUUUAACAGGAACAGAAAUUUGGUUUGGUAAGGUAUAACUGUAUCUUUAUAUGCACAAAACAUUAUUGGUAGUUGAUUAACUGAUGUGGUUUGCUUUCUGUGCCACUAUUUUUUUUUCUUUUCGUUGUUGAUUUUUAUUGCUUAGAUACUGAAAUUGUGUUUGAAUGUAAAUAAAUCUGAAGGAACAAUAUACUUUUAGAAAGGGUGACUCAUGGCACAACUGGUUAAAAGAAAAGUUUCAUGCAUCCUUGCCCCACUUACCUUAUCUCACUCUACUUGAAUAAAAUGAGAAAUAGCCAGUAGGGCUGUGCAUUGGUUUUGACUUAAUUUUUUUUUUUUUUUUGCUAACGUGUGUGCAAUAUACUUAAGGGAGUUUUAAAGGGUAAGGAAGAGAGGUAAACAUCACUGGAUUUCAGUGGGGCAUUCCAGAUGCAUGUGUCUUCUGCUGGAAUCAGGGGAAUGGUCACUGCUGUGGAAGUAAAUUGAAAGCUCAGUAUCACUUUGGGUUAGAAUGAGAUAUGCUUUAAUCCAGUACUUUUAAAUGCUUCUAAUUUGAAUUACUUUAAGAAUGCUUGUAUGUUGUUUGUAGGAAAUCAACGUUUUUCAAUGUAUUAACAAAGAGUCAAGCUGCAGCGGAAAAUUUUCCUUUCUGUACUAUUGAUCCAAAUGAGAGUCGAGUACCUGUGCCAGAUGACAGAUUUGACUUCCUAUGCCAGUAUCACAAACCUCCGAGGAGCAUUUGAAGAUGAUGAUAUCACUCAUGUUGAAGGAAGUGUAGAUCCCGUUCGUGACAUCGAAAUAAUACAUGAAGAACUUAGACUUAAGGAUGAGGAGCUGAUCAUGCAGAGCAUAGAUAAGCUUGAAAAAGUAGCUGUAAGAGGAGGAGACAAGAAAUUAAAACCUGAAUAUGAUGUAAUGUGCAAAAUCAAGACAUGGGUAAUAGAUGAAAAGAAAGCUGUCCGCUUCUAUCAUGAUUGGAAUGACAAAGAGAUUGAUGUUUUGAACAAACAUUUGUUUUUUACUUCAAAACCGAUGAUCUACUUGGUUAAUCUCUCUGAAAAAGACUACAUUAGGAAGAAAAACAAGUGGUUGAUAAAAAUUAAAGAGUGGGUGGACAAGCACGACCCGGGUGCUUUGGUCAUUCCUUUUAGUGGGGCCUUGGAACUCAAGUUGCAAGAUAUGAGUGCUGAGGAGAAACAGAAGUAUCUGGAAGAGAACAUGACACAAAGUGCUUUAGCAAAGAUCAUUAAGGCUGGAUAUGCAGCACUCCAGCUAGAAUACUUUUUCACUGCAGGCCCAGAUGAAGUGCGUGCAUGGACCAUCAGGAAAGGGACGAAGGCUCCUCAGGCAGCAGGGAAGAUUCACACAGAUUUUGAAAAGGGAUUCAUUAUGGCUGAAGUAAUGAAAUAUGAAGAUUUUAAAGAAGGAGGUUCAGAGGCUGCUGUCAAGGCUGCUGGAAAAUACAGACAGCAAGGCAGAAAUUAUGUAGUGGAGGAUGGAGAUAUUAUCUUCUUUAAAUUUAAUACACCUCAACAACCCAAGAAGAAAUGAAUAUCAGAUGUUGUUCACUCAGAAAUGAACUGUGCUGCUUCAAAAAGCAUAUGAAUUUAUAUUUGGAAUUGUAAUAUCUGGAAACAAAAAGCAUACAGUUUCUACCUAGGGAACUUCCCUUCCCCCCCAGUGAAAUUAUUCUUGUUUGUUUUGAAUUAAAAUAUGGCACCUCCAGCAAACAUGCAAGUUCACUAAAUGUGAACAGCUUUGCAUUUCAAACGAUUAAGACCCUACUCCAAAUUGUAGAAGCUUUCCGGGAACCAUAUUACUCUCAUGAUACUUCAUUAAUCUCCAUCAUGUAUGCCAAGCCUGACACGUUUGACAGUGAGGACAAUGUGGCUUGCUCCUUUUUGAAUCUACAGAUAAUGCAUGUUUUACAGUACUCCAGAUGUCUACACUCAAUAAAACAUUUGA